AUGUCCUCAGGAUUGACCUUUACCCAUGGCCUCCUCCUCGGCCAGGUGUCGAUUCUCGUUCUCAUCUUCUGUUUCAUCAAAUUCUUCAUCUUUGGUGAAGCUCCUCCGCCGCCCUCGAGAGCUUCUGGUCGAACUCCACGACACAUUCGGGCCCCUUCCUUGCAUAGUCUGGCCUCUUCAAAGAGCUCUCCUCCACAGUCUCUACGUAACCAAGCCAGCGCCACCAACGUCCUCCGUCCUGUCCCUACCAGCGCUACCGACACUGCUUCGAUCUUGCGGAAAACAUACUACGAAAUCCCCGGUCGAGGCCAUGGUAGGCAUAACCAUUCCACCCACCAGCCGGAGAGCUUGGACUGGUUCAACGUGCUUCUGGCCCAGACAAUCGCACAAUACAGACAGACUGCAUACAACCUACGAGACAGUUCAUCCGGAGGGAAACCUACAAUUGUCGCCAGCUUGGAAGAGGCAAUUAACAAUCCGGAAAAGAGACCGUCCUACAUAGACAACAUCAAGAUCACCGAGAUAUCCAUGGGCGAGGAGUUUCCCAUCUUUAGCAACGUGCGAGUCAUUGCAGUUGAUGACGAUGCUUCUAGUGCCACCGGCGGACGGUUACAGGCUCUAAUGGACGUGGACCUAUCCGAUGAUAACCUCACGUUGGCCAUCGAGACUGCUCUCAUUCUCAAUUACCCAAAACCUUUCUCCGCCGUCCUUCCUGUCGCUCUCGCCCUUUCCGUUGUCAGAUUCUCCGGCACAUUGUCAAUCAGUUUUGUUCCUGUCCCGCAGGAUGACUCUGCAGGCACCGGGAAACCAGGCUCGACUUCCGGCAAGCCCAAAACGAGUCUCGCCUUCUCUUUCCUCCCUGAUUAUCGUCUCGAGCUAUCUGUUCGAAGCUUGAUUGGUUCCCGCACCCGGCUGCAAGAUGUGCCAAAGAUUGCACAAUUGGUGGAAGCACGAGUGCAAGCCUGGUUCGAGGAGCGAGUUGUAGAGCCCAGGGUUCAAGUAGUCCCACUACCAGGUCUAUGGCCGCGGAUGGGAAAGGUGAGGGUAAGAGACGGUCAAGACGACGACAGACCAUCAACUCAGGAUGGGCAGCGGCCACCCUCGUCCGUCCAUCACAAGGAAUCCAGGCUGGAAGACAAUUUCCCUUCCCAAGAGGAGACAGAAAGGAUAUUCGAGGGCCUUAGACUGCGAGCAAAGAACGUCCGCUCCAACAGCCAGGUCAUUGAACAGGAUGAUGCCCCGAUAUCUCAACCUGCACGGUUGAUGCCCGGGGCCCUCCCUGUCUGA